UCUCUCGAAAACACCGAGGGGCUGUGACAUCAUCUCCGAGCGACGGCCGAGUUUUCAGCAUUUCACCAUGGCCGAAGCGGAAUCAAAGAAAGUGAUCAAGUUAGUUCCUGAGUAUCUACUGAAGAAGAGGAAAGCAUACCAGGCCAUUAAAGCCACCCAGGCCAAGCUUGCGCUGCUUGAGAAGAGAAAGAUAUCAAAAGGCAAAACAUUAAAGUUCAAGCGUUUGGAAGACCUCUUGAAAGACAGUCACAAGAAGCAUCGUGAUGAAACUCGCAUCCGGAGAGCUGAGCACAGGCCACCUGCCCCUCUGCCUCCUGCUAAGAACAAGCUAGCCUUUGCAGUCCGCAUCAGAGAGAUCAAAGGCGUCAGUCCCAAAGUGAUGAAGGUAAUCCAGAUGUUGAGGCUGAGGAAGAUCUUCAGUGGGGCCUUCGUCAGAAUCAACAAGACCUCUGUAGCCAUGAUGAAGAUGGUGGAGCCCUAUGUGGCCUGGGGAUUUCCCAACUUGAAGUCUGUUCGUGAGCUGAUUCUGAAGAGAGGACAGACCAGGGUAGGCAGGAGGAGAGUUCCUCUUACAGACAACACCUUCAUUGAGCAGCACAUGGGUAAACAUGGCAUCAUCUGUUUGGAGGACCUGAUUCACGAGAUCUAUUCAGUUGGUAAGGGCUUCCGAGCUGCCAACAACUUCCUGUUGCCUUUCAAGCUGUCGGUGGCUCGUCACGCUGCUAGGGACAAGGCCGGGCUCCUGAAGGACCUGGGAAACCCUGGAUUCCGUGGUACAGACAUUAACUCUAUCAUCAGACAGCUGAACUGAGGACAAAAACAUGCAAGACGGACACUCAGCAGCAGCGUCAAGGAUGCUUUAGUGCAACUGCCAACAACAAGAUAUUUAAAUUUAUUUUUUGUUUCUUUGGCAGAGAAGCUAAUGGGUUCCACCUAGAGUCAUACUUUAAUAAACAUUUACCUGUACACCCAUUCCCUGGUUACACUUACAGUACACUGGGAGACAUCAGAAGGACCUGAAGUGGGGUCUCUUGCUAAUCCAUGUUUUUGUUUUGCACUAAUGUUUGAAAAAUGAAAUCAUGUAGUGCCCCUAACCACCGACUGAUGGAUGCAGUUGUGCUCCUUGGUGAAAAUGUAACAAUGUGUAAUAAUAACUUGAGAAAUGUAAAACAUUGUCAGUUAAAGGGUGUUUAGUUGCUACACAUGACAUUCCUCAAUUUGUCAGAGGAAUGGAUCAAUACUUGCUACAUAGGCAAGACAGUAAAUGAUUAAGUAGGAUGGGCAGGGCAGCACACCUACAGCAAUCUCAUUUACUGCAUUUAGUUUUCAGUGUGUAAAGUCUGAAAAAUCUGUUUAAAAUCUUGAUUAAUUCAUUGAUUUAUGAUUCACUGUUAAUACACUUGGUUUUUACAAUAAAAAAACAAAAUGAUUCAUUA